UCAUCUCAAGUUCUGCCUAUAAGUAUCAACCCAAGGGUAGAUCUCCCUUCGUCCCACUUUCGCGGUUUCACCCACCAAGACAAACUAGAAAAGAAAGUUCAGUUCAAAACUAAGAAAACACACGAUGAGAACUUCAUCCGUGCUCGGCCUCCUCCUUCUCGCCCUCGUCUCCUUCCAACGCAACGCCAACGCCAGCGAUUCCCUGCUGGGCUCCAAGAAGGUGACAAAGCUCCACUUCUACCUCCACGACACCCUCAGCGGCAAAGACCCCGGCGACGUGCUCGUCGCGCACGGCGCCAACGCGAACCCGAAGCCCGGCAACCCGGCGCCGUUCAGCUCCGUCUUCGUCACCGACGACGUGCUCACGGAAGGGCCCGAGAGGACGUCCAAGGUGGUCGGGAGCGCGCAGGGGCUCUACUUCUCGACGGGGAAGGCCGAGCCGUCGCUCGUCAUGGGCACCGACUUCGCGCUCGCGGACUACAAGAACAGCUCCUUCUCCGUGUUCUCCCGGAACCCCGUCACGCGGAAGGAUGGCAUCGAGCUCUCCAUUGUUGGCGGGCGCGGCGCGUUCCGGAUGGCCCGCGGGUAUGCGUUGCUCCGGACGCAUAAGUUCGAUGUUAGCACCGGGGAUGCCGUCGUGGAGUAUAAUGUGACCCUCUUGCACCAUUAG